CUCAGUUUACCUAUCAAUUCUCAGUUUAGUUACAGCGUAGAAAUAAUGUCAUUGUACGAAGGAAUCGAUUUUGAGCUGACGAAUAAACAUGAAUCUAAAAAAGAAAGCUGGUCGUCUCAAAUUAAACUUUUACAAUCACAAUUGCAAUUGAAAAAAUCUCAAUCCAAUCAAAAAUCAAAGUUAUCUAAAGGGUAUGGAUUGCCAAUAACAAAAGAUCCUGAAGGAAAUAUUUCCCAAAUUCAAUCAAAUGAUAAAUCUGAGACAAAUAUUACAAACAAUGAAAUUGAUAAUACUUCUGAAGAGAUCUUACCUAUAGUUGCAAAUGAAUAUGACCCAAAGUAUCCAAAUGAUUAUGACAAGAUCAUGAUGCUCAGGGAGGAGGCGAAAGAAAGGGAGAGGGCUGAUGAUUGGAAAAAGGAACUAGAAGAAAGAGACAGGAGAAGGCGAGAAAAACUGGAAAGAAACCUUCCAAGACCUGAAAAUUCCCUAUUGAACCUUGCUGGGAAGCUGUAUGAUGAUGAAUAUCCAUCCGAAAAUAUAUAUAACAUAGGUGGCAAAGUUGGAGGAGGAAUAGCUAUAGCCCCACCUCAAUGCAUUUUAAAUGAUGCAGAAACUAUAGUCGAAGGGGGUGAUGCAGAGUUCGGUGAAGGUGUACAAGACCAAAGAAAAGAUGGCAAAAAAAAAGCUGGUUUUGCCCCUACAUUAAAAAAUUCGGUAGCUGCAAAAAUAAUGGCCAAAUAUGGGUUUAAACAAGGCCAGGGUCUAGGUAAAAGUGAACAGGGUAUGAGUCAAGCUUUACAAGUGGAAAAGACGAGUAAAAGGGGCGGUAAAAUACUGCACGAAAAAGAUUUACCCUUUUUCAAUAAAAGUUCGAAUCUUGAAAAUUUAAGUCAAUUAUACAGUGAAGAUGACCCUUCUUUGUCUCCUUCCUUAACAUUCGAUGAUCACAUGAUUACUAAUGAGUCUGGAUCAGAAAGCUUUCAAAAUACCCUCAAUGGAGAAGAGACUAAUACUCAAACAUCACAAGAUCUCCUUAUCCCUUCAUAUUCCAUACUAGCCGGAGCUUUACCCCCCAUCGAUCCCACGCCCACCCCUUCUUCGGUACACACCAAUGCACAAGCCUUACCUUAUAGUUUGGAAACUACUGCCACAAUUCAAGCCUUCAAGGUUCCAAGUAAAGUUGUCCUACUCCGCAACAUGGUAGGCUCGGGCGAAAUAGACCCAGACUUAGAAAAUGAAACCAGGGAGGAAUGCAGUAAAUAUGGCGAGGUUAAAUCCUGUACAGUCUUCGAAAUCCCGGCCAAUUUCUUCCGAGCAUCCUCUAAAAGUUCAAAUGACACGGUAAGCGAAUUGGAUAGGGUCAGAAUAUUCGUGGAGUUUGCCAGGGUUGAAUCGGCUGUAAAGGCUGUCGUCGAUUUGAAUGGGAGAUUUUUUGGAGGUAGGAUUGUCCGAGCCGAUUUUUACAACUUGGAUCGGUACCGAACAUACGAUUUAGGGGAGGGAAUUUGAAGGGUAAAAAUAACUUGAGUUUAAUAAAUGUAUAUGGAAGGAAUGCAUCAUCAAUUUUACAAUCAAAAUUCAUACUGGAUAAAUGAUUAUGAGUGAGAAAAAAAGAAAAACAUUGAUAUAUGGGAACUUUAGAAUAAAUGUAAAAUUGGCUUUGUUUUUUUUACAGGUAUUUUUUUUAAAGUAGGUUAAAACUUCCAAAAAUAGGUCUUUUAAGAAACUUUUUCGUAUUUUUGUUAAAUCUACCUUUUCUAAUCUGUAAUUAUAAAAUGUAUUAUAGUAUUUACAUAUAAAAAUUUACAUUUUAAAUAUAUCU